AUGGCCUCCCUCAAAGCGCAUGCGACGGACGGAGAUGCGGACGAUGCGCUUGAAGCCUCGCUGCUACACAGGCGCCAGCGUCUAGGCCACCUCGCGUUCGAUACGAUCAGGAGCAUUGCGCGCAAUCCGGCAUCGGGCAUACUACUGAACAGCAACAAGUGCAUAGCGUAUGUGUCGAGACUUGAGGGCAAGCAGACGCGCUGCGCACAUCUGCAGCGCGACAGAAGCGUCAACUCUCCAAUAGACAGGGUCAGUGGCGUCAUCCGCUCAGAACUCAAGGGCCCGAUGACGCCGCAUAAUCGGCUCAGCAAUCGAUACCUGGUCAAAUUUAUUGCUCAGAAAUUGAAUUACUGCCGCGCUUCCCUCGCGCACACCAAGGACGCGGCGGCAAAGCAGUUCGAGAAAUAUUUCUUCCACUUCGAGAUGAUCUUCGGUUUCAAGAUCCACUUCUUGCGCACACACGGCGGCGGAGUCGUGUACAUGGACCCACGCAAGAACUCGCUGCAAGAGCUCUCAAAAAUCGGCUUCAUCGUCGGCACCAGAGAUGAAAACAAAGGGGUACAAGGUGCUGCUGAGGAAGGAGAAAAGUUCAUCGUCCCUCAGCACGUGAGAAACAUCGAGACGCUCUCGGAUUUACAGAAAGCGCAGCCCCAUCGUUCGAUGGACGCGAGCGACCGAGGCGAUGAUACGGUAGCGACAGCCCCAGCAGCGGAUGCAGCACCGGCGUCCCGCGACGGCAAUAAGGAAGUGCAAGAGAAGAGCAAUAAGCCGUGGGUGCAACAAGCGCAGUUUUCGAGCAAGAUCCACACAACUAUGGCAAGGCCAAGCGCAGAUCAAAUAGCACGGAGUGUCAGACGGCUAUACUGGAGGAGAUCGCUGAGCUCGAGAGCAAUGACGUGCGGCGCGUGA